CUAGUGACUGCUGCCUUGCUUGAUUUAGCGAUGGCUUAUUCUCUCCUCUGUCCAAGAUCUUACGCAACGUCUCUUCUUCCACCACCUCCUCUAUUCUAAAGCUAUUUAAUCCCCCGCAUACCGUCCGCACUCUGUGAUGAACCAGGGAAGAACCCGCCGCGCCCGACUGAAACGGUCGAAAACUGGCUGUCGCACGUGCCGGGCCCGCCACGUUAAGUGCGACGAAACUCCAGGCAAGUGCCAAAAUUGCACCUCGACUGGACGGCAAUGCGACGGCUAUGAUGCCCAUCGGCUGCUUCUCCCCACGACACGAACGCGCCAUUCCGACCGACUGCCACUGUCGCCUCCGGUCGCAGUCACCGUCCCGUGGGCCAGUACCUCCGAUGAGCGCCGCUGCUUUGGCUUUGUGCAAGCCCGCACGAUUCCCGACGUGCUCAGCUACUUCGACUCCCUGAUAUGGGAGCAAUUUGUGCUGCAGAUGGUGCGCCGGGAACCCGCAGUCUGGCAUGCUGUCGUUGCCUUAGGCGCGGUGCACCAGCACAUCGAGCCUGGGUUGAUGGGCGGGUCCACCGUCUGGGAAUUGAUGGCGGUCGCACAGUCCACGAGGUCCUUCGCCUGCCUGCGUCGACGGAAUCCACGGGACCCACAGAUGCGGGAGGUGACAUUACUCUGCUGUCUGUUGUUCACGAUCAUGGACGUGGUACGGCAGGAGUUUGGGACUGCCGUGCAGCAUAUCCGUGCUGGCCUGCGCAUCCUGGAUGAAGAUACGCUCUCAAUCAGCAGUGCCGGUCAACCGCUUCAUCUCUUUUGGCUGCAUGCCUUUCGACAUCUGGAUACUCAGAUUGGCAGUGAUCGCUUGUUCAUGGGUGAGGGCAGUGACGCUAGCAGCAGCACAGAAGACGCGUUUCGAGGAUCGAAGCUGGCGGUCCAACCGGCAGUAGACCCUACAUGGCCGUCAUGGUCCUCGCAUUCCAAAGGCCCACACACCGUUUCUUCCGCCCGCCACAUGCUGGAGCCCCUCUACAACCGCUUUUUCAAGUUCAUCCGGCAGUGCUGGCGGAUGUCCCCCGCGGAACUCCAGUCUGCUGCCGCCGCGCCCGUCUUGGCGGAGCAAGCCAGUCUCACGGCGCAAUACCACCGCGCCCGGCAUUUUUGGCGCGCCUUCCGCAUGGAGCAAGACAACAGUAGGCUCAGCCCGAAGGAUCAGCGUGGGGCCGAGGUGCUCGAGAUCUGGCUGACGGCCGUCGGUCUCGGCUUGCAGACGGGGCCCCUCCACGGAGACCUAGCGGCGCUGCAGCGGUUCACACCGCAGUACCGCGAUCUGCUCCAUCGGAGUUAAUGCUUUCUUGCCCGCUUUCCACAGCGACCGACGUUGCUGGUCGAUCUGGGCGUGCUGCCGACGCUCUUCUUUGUGGGCGAUGGCUGCCAGGACCUUCCGUCCGGUGGGAGGCCCUUCAGGCGCAUUACGCCUGGCCCCACCAGGAAGGCCCGUUCAGCGCGCCGCUGAUGGCCGCCCGGCUGGAACAUUUGAUUCGCGCCCAACUGAGGGUUCGAGUUCGGGCCGACCUAGUGGCGU